GAGGAGAAUUUAGAUACGCAUGGCUUCUGCUAGUACGUUACCCUCGCAUUGAGAUGUGUGUGGCAGGGCAGAGUGAAGGCUAGACUUGUGCGUGGCUGCGUUUGUUUACGAGUAUUUAGAAAGGCUGGUGACGUUAGUGGCUGUCGUAGUAGUAUUUUCAUCAUCAUCAUCAGUAGUAUCAGCAUCAUAAGCAGCAGCAGCAGCAGCAAUAGUACCAGCAGUAUCAGCGGGCAAGCUUUUGGAGUCCUCUACAGUAGCCUGCCUGUUCCUGCUCCUCACAAUGGAGAGCCCCUCGCUGAAGGAACAAGGGUAUUUGCCGCGGCGGUACAUGGUGGCGAUCAUGGCUUUCCUGGGGAUGGUGUGUAACUACAUGCUGCGUGUGAACAUCAACCUGACCAUCGUGGCCAUGGUGAAGGGCGACCCUAACGCCUCCCAGAACAAUAAUUCAGCGAAGGAGAUCUGCAACUAUACGGACAGCGGCUGCCAUGGCGAAGAGCAGGAGGGGGAGUUUCAGUGGGACGCGUUCACCCAAAGCCUCAUUACAAGCUCCUUCUUCAUGGGCUACCUGUGGACUCAAGUACCCGGAGGAAGGAUAGCUGAGCUGUUCGGGGCGCGGCGAGUGUUUGGCGGGGCGCUGACAGCCGCCAGCUUCCUCACCUUGCUGAUCCCAUUCACCGCCCGGCCCAACGCUGCCCCACUCAUCGCCAACAGGAUCCUGCUCGGCAUAUCUGAGGGCGCCACCUUCCCCUCUACGCACGCCCUCCUCUCCACUUGGUCGCCGCCAAAGGAACGCUCCACGCUCUCCACCAUUAUAUAUGCAGGUUCUCAGGCAGGGACAGUGGUCGCUUACCCUCUGUCCUCCGCUCUGAUUACUUCCCUCGGGUGGGAGUCCGUGUUCUACGUGCAGAGCUGCAUUACCCUGGUGUGGUGCUUCGCCUGGUUCAUGCUGGUGGCGGACAGUCCCUAUGUGGACACCAAGAUUACAGCCGCGGAGAAGAAGUACAUUAUUACAGCCAUCGGGGACACCAAAGACAGGAAGCCUCCUCCAGUACCGCUACGGGCCGCCCUCACCUCCCUUCCCUUCUGGGCCAUCCUCUUCUCCAACAUGGGUAACAACUGGGGCUUCUUCACGCUGCUCACUGAAAUGCCUCUCUAUAUGAGCACAAUGCUGCUUCAGGACAUCAAAUCGAACGCUUUGCUGAACGCCCUGCCUUACCUGGGGAUGUGGAUCUUCAGUCUGGUCAUCAGCAAGGUGGGGGACACACUCAUCCAGAAGAACAUUGCGUCCACCGGGGUUGUGAGGAAGACAGCGAAUACUAUAUCCCAGCUCGGUCCCGCGGCGUGCCUCAUAGGGAUCACCUUCCUUCACUGCGACAGAACCAGCACCAUUGCUCUCUUCACGCUGGCCACCACUCUACAGGGCGGCAUCUACACAGGGUUCCUGAUCAACCACAUCGAUAUUGCGCCUAACUUCGCCGGCACUCUGUUCGGCAUAACCAACGCUCUGGGUACUAUUCCCAGCUGGGUUGGCCCCAUCACCACUGGGGCACUCACCAAGAACCAGCAAACAUUCGAGCAGUGGAACAAAGUAUUCUACAUCGCCUCGGGAAUCUAUAUGGCCAACGCUUUCUUCUAUUUGGCCUUCUCAUCUGGUGAAGUGCAGCCGUGGAAUCACAUCGCCGAGCCAGUGGGCGCCGCCAGGACGAAGAGCGCCAGCGUGGCCAAGGAUACCACACAAACCAAGCAUCGUGCCAUCUCAGACUCUAUUUACGAUGUCUAUGUAGUAACACCACACGCUGCAGCUUACGUCAACUCUGCAUACAAACACUAGUGAUGCUGAUCCAUUCCCACAGAGAUGGAUAGGUGGGUCGCAUGUAGUACUUAGAUACGAAAUAAAGAAAAUAAGGGAAGCUGCAAAAAGGCGUCAGGCUUACAUGUGGCAGUCCCUGUACAGGUAGGUAGAUAUAGAUACAUAGAUAACUAGGUAGAUAGAUAAUCACUUCAUCAUUACGCGUUCAGAAUGGAUAAACUGACCACUUCUCAAUUCUAGAAGAUAAAUGAUAUGUUCAGAAAGAAAAAUCGAGGUUGAAACAAAAGGAAUGUCAGAUAGAUAGUUAAUAAACACAUAAAAAAUAACAGAAUAAACAUUACACCCCGCAGAUAAACAAGCCACUUUUUUUUUUCAUUACAGAGCCAAUAGCAAGAAAUUCCUGACUUAAAACCCUAUUUAGGAAAGUACAAAACGAGACAAAAGUACAAGUGACAUUUCGUUGCAGGAAUAACGAUAAAUAAAAUACAAACAAAGACAGUCCCGAUGUGUUUCUUGUCAUCAGAAUCUCAUUUGUAUCUAAUUUCGUGUGUCGUGUCUCAUCAUCAGUGACAGGCUGCUCAGAGGAGGAUUCAGGGAGUUCAAGGAAUACUUCAUGGUCUUUAGGAAAACGUGAAAAGCAGGAAUAAUGAUAAAUAAAGCAUAAAUAAAGACA